GGCCUGUUUGGCUGCCGCAGGAAACGGAAAGCGAUUCCACUUCCCCUCCGACCGCCCCGCUCCUCAUCCCCGACCCCCCGCUCCUCUCCGCCCGCCUCGCCCGAAGACAUGGCGAUGGGGGCUAGGGUUUCCUAGUGCCGCCCCCUCCAUCGCCCCCUUCUGCUCCUCCGCUCCUCCCGGCCGGUGGAUCGGGUCUUCUCCAAGUCGUGCAUCUGCAUCUCUAGGCGUGCGCGAGGAGACAAGUGGUGAGCAGAUCAGCACCGCGCCUGCUCCUGGGCAGCGGCGAGCAGAUUGACACCCUCCUCCCCAUCGGCGACCUCCAUCUCCAUCGAGCAUCAGCGAGUAGGGCCGUCCCCGUCCGCAGCUUCACUCCCCACCAGGGAUUCGACACCGUCUGCGCCUCCUUCCCGUUCUGGUGUGAGCGUCACUGCAACAUCAAGAUCGGUGCCCCGACGUCCCCAUCGAAGACCUCCCUCAACCGCACGGUCUCAGCUUCGUUUCCACAACGUCAGGAAACCCUGCUGCCUGAAUCUUUUUUUCUGUGUGUGAACGGUUCUUCCGUGUCCAAUAAUGUUUUGAGAGAUAGUAAUAGAGGUAGCAGUUGCAGGAGAGGCCAAGGCUUGGUCUGAGAGAAUGCAAGACCCUAAUGGCGACGAUUUCUCUGCCCCAAAGUUGCACAAGAAGAAGGUUGUAUACCGGCCGCUUCCAUCAGGCAUGCUGAAGGGUGAACCUGAACUGCUGCGGAGAGAGGUUCCGCAUUCAUCAGGCAUGGUCCAUAAGCCGCCCAAAAGAAGCUUGAAGAGUGAGCGCCCUGCCACACCUCCAUCAGACAGAGGGACUCCUGAUUCCCUGCCGGACUCCGGUCCUACUGAUGAAUACCGUGCGCUGCGGAGGAAAUACAUGAUGCUAGAGGAAGAGAACUUUGCCCUGGACCAAGAACUGAGCAUGGAAGAUGAGGAAAUCAAGGCACUUGAGGAGGAAAAGCUUGCGCUUCUUGAUGAGCUCGUUGUCUUGGAAGGCCUUGUUGAGCCGUCGCAGCUGCAGUCUCACGGUAGGCCAUGAGUGUAGUAUUUUGGUUUCUGUGAUCAUUGUCGUUCAGUGUAAUUCAGUAACCUGUUACUGUUAAUACUUUCUGGAUGUAAACAUUGUAGUUGAAACAGCAUAAACCUGUUACGAAUGGAAACCCCUUAGAUGAAUGCUUGCAGGGUCA